CUGAAUUUGGCAAAAAUAUGACUUAGGCAAUGUUUAAGCAAGCGAACACAAGUCAACUCUCUUUUUAAAUGCUUUGAAUGCGUUCACGGUAACGCUUGGAUGACGAUGGUUCGCAAAUUUGACCACGGGAAACACCCAACGUCCGCCAGCUUGACCAGAGAGAAACUUUGCUGAACAUUUCCCGACGAAUGUGGAACGCGAGCCGUAGUUUGCAUGACCGUUGUCGGCUUUCCGCGUGCGCGCAGCAAACACUGCGCGUUCCGGGUGUGCGGGGUAGCCUCGGUCGGCAUCACUCGGCGAAUUUUCCAGAUCGCUUCGGAGGAAGGAGGAGGGCCGACGUCGCCAUUUUGUCGGAUCGGGAAGAAGCCAAUCCGGAGGGCUGGCACGAAGCGUGGCGGAAAGCGAGGGGCUAACAAUGGAGGGCGUCUGGCACCACGAGGACGAGGAGUUCAAAGUGGGCGCGGCCGGCCGGGGCCUGGCGGGCUCCAGGCCCAGGUUCUCCUUCUCCGAGGUCAAAAUGCUGCUGCGGGAAGUCAGGAGGAACCGGUACAUCCUGCUGAGGAAGUUUAACCACGGCGUGUCGGCAGAAGCCAAGAAACAGAAGUGGGCCGAGAUCACCGACCAGAUAAACGGUCUCGGAGAGAACCACAGAGAGGUGCGGCAAAUCAUGAAGAAGUGGGCGGACCUGAAGUGUGACGGCAAGCGCCGCAUGGCUCUCCUGGACGCUGCCGAGCAAGUCGCCGACAGUUCGGCGGUCAGGAGGAAGAGGAAGUCGCUGGACUCGGUGGAGAAGAUGGUCCACGGGAUCCUGCUCAUGAGUCCCACAGGAGAUGCGGUCAGCGACGUGGACGAGGACGAGGACGACGACGCUCCGGAUAUCAAAAAGGCCGGCGGCUACCCCUACUUGGAUGCCGACAACAGCUCGCUCUCGCUGCCCGGAGGAGUCAACUUGGACUUUUCUCCUCUGUCCUCGCCAGACAAGGAACUGAGCGGAGACCCCUUUCACUCGUCAGAGGACGACGCAGAACCUUCCGCGGACCACGACGACAACUCCGCCCCCUCGUACUUCGCUCCGCCCAAGCCGGUCCAAACGUACUCGCGCCACGACCGCGCACCCUCCAAAGAAGACCGGUCACCCCCCUCGGGCGCCGCUUCCUCGUCUUGGCCGUCGCUCCUACCCUCCGGCGAGGCCGGCGGCGACUCCUCCCCCGAGCGUCAGCGCAGCCCCUCGCCGCCGCCGCCCUCUGGCGGCUUGGCGCAGCUGGCGCGCCACAGCGUGCAGCAGCAGCGUGCCGGUCGCCAGCUCCUGGCGUCGGUGUCGCGUUCUCUGGGGACGCUGGCGCGCUCGCUGAGGGCGCUGGCCGACGGCCAACGGGAGUUCGUCGACCAGUCGCUGACGUUGCAGAGGGAAACUCUGGGCGUGCUUAAAACCUUCUCGGCCGCCGCGCUGGCCGCGCUUAAGGACGCCAAGGUGGACGCCAAAACGGACGAGACCGCUCAGCGCUAGCCGAGCAGUUGAAAAAAAUACAAAGACUUAACGAAUCGGACGCCGGUAAGCCGAUUUACUUUCGGUCCUACUUUUAAAACGAGUCCUUUGUGAAAUGUGAGAAUAAAUUUUGAAAUUUGCCCUCAAUAGUAGCGGCGGCGUCACGGACUGUGCGUGGGUACCUAGCGAUACGUUAUGCGAUACAAGGUUCGCGAUGAUGGCAAUACACGGGUCAUGAAAUCAUUUCAUGUUAUUCUACAAUAAAACUAAUAAACAGAAAAACAAUCUUU